AUGGACGUGUUAAUUUCAUUGAUACCAUCACUAUCAAAUACAAGUGACAAUGAAGUUGAAGACAAUGAUUCGACUAAUUCAGAAAAUGCUAAUAAUGGAGAUAUCAUUCAAAGUAAAGGCGAAAAAGAUGGUGGUGACAUUGAUAAUUGCCGUACCGAAAACAUUUUAAGGAAUUUUAAUCUUGUAGAAAAAAAUAAAAUGAAGAGAUUAAAUCAAGAGUCAGAUGAUAGGGAUGAAACCACCUAUACUACGAAUGAUGACAACGAAAGGUCAACAUAUAAUUUGAGAAGAAAGAGAAAAAAACUUUUGAACACUGAAAUAGAUUAUAAUUCGCAUGAUCAUGAAAGUGAUAAUAUAGAUGUCUUAACGGUAAACGAUACAGUACAUUCAAGCGAUUCAGGGAUAGAUUGUGACACGCAAACAAGGCUGCAGUCUCCUGUUGAUGAUCUUUACGAUAGUUCAGAGGCUACUUCAGUAAGUUCGGAUAAUUCGGAUAAUUCGAAUAAUUCGGAUGAUAAGCAACUAUCAAGAAAUUUACAAGUCAAUAAUAACGAUAAUGUGGACAAUGUGGAUAAUGUGGAUAAUGAUGAAUUGAAUAAUUCCAUCUCUAAUAUGAUUUCUGGUGCGGCUAUUGAUGUUACUGGCAAAACAUUACUGAAAUUUGCUGGAGUUUACGUUAACAAUAUAAGAACGAAUGAAUUGAAAACAAAAUUGUCGAGCAUGCAGCAACUCAGAGAGGGGAAAAAUCUCCAUCCCAUCUCCAUAGGAAGACCGAAAGAUUGUAUUGAAUGGCUUCGAUCAGAUGAUGGAAUGGCAUUGUGGAAAAAUAGACCAGCACGUAUGAUUCAUGUUAAAAAGAAAAGAUCACGAAAGCCCAAUAGUCAAAGGUGA